AAAAUAUUGGCGUAUAUUAAUAAUUUGAAUCAAAAUUUGUUAGCAAGAAGUUCCGUCUAAACGUACUUUCCAUUUGUAGCAUACUUUUUUGCGUUUCGUAAAUACUUGCAUGUGAAGAAAAACAAUAACAAAACGUACGGAAUCAAAAGCAAUGUAAACAGGCCGUGUUUAAUCUUACUGAGACGGGAAUCAGUGACACACGAAGAGUAAGCGCGCUACGUACGUCGGUGCGGUGCUUGUGGGAAGAAGUCGUGUGGUGUUGAAUUCUUUUUAAACUGCGGCAUCUUGCACUUAUUUAUUAUAAAUACAAAAUCGAAAAAUAUAGUAAAAUAAGAUUCAAUGUAGUGAAAAAAAGUUCUUAUAAUAAUGGUAGUGUCAUAGAAACAAAAGGAAUCCAAGAAAAAAAUUCAAAAUGUUCAAACAUAACGAAAAGUCGGUGUUUAAUAUAGUUAGCCACUUAAGUUAUUAUAAACCGGAUAAGGCUAUUGAAAAAUUAACAGGUAGUACAAAAGAUUCUUUGAAUUAUGUACAGCGUUUAGGUUUACUGUAUAAAUUGCGGGUACAUGAUGGUUGUGUGAACUCGGUGAUUUGGAAUGACACGGGUGAAUAUCUACUAUCCGGAAGUGAUGAUCAAUUUUUAGUAAUAUCGGAUCCAUAUAAACAGCAGGUGAAACUAAAGUACAAAACAUUACACUCUGCGAAUAUAUUUUCGGCACGUUUCCUACCGCAAACAAAUAACGAAGGCAUCCUAUCAUGUUCCGGUGAUGGAAUAGUUUUACUUACGGAAUUAUUAUCACCAACAAUUAAAUUAGCAGGAUCGUCUACGACUAAUACUGCAGUAUACGAGGAUAUUAAUGACAUUAAUUCGUGUUCGUUCACUUGUCAUAAAGGUGGUACAGCUUAUGAUGUUCUUCCAAUACGUACGGAUCCUCGGUGUUUUUUUAGUUGUGGAGAAGAUGGUACUGUACGUAUGUUUGAUUUACGUUUAAUUUCAAGGUGUCAUAAAAGUUCUUGCAAAGAGAAUAUCUUUGUUUUUAAUCAAACUGCGGUAAAUUCAAUUGAUUUAUCACCGAUUAGUGAAAACUACUUAGCAGUUGGAAGUUCGGAUGGUGUUGUACGCCUUUACGAUCGACGAUUUCUUUCAAUAAUUGACUUUAAAGAAAAUACACCCAUUACAAGUGACUAUCAUACACGAUUCGUUAAGGCUUAUCCAAUACCCUUUAAGACAACACGUCAAUUUCGCAUAACCUCCGUUAAAUUUAGUCAAGACGAAAGUGAAUUACUUGCCAGUUACUCUUCCGAAUAUUUGUAUUUAUUUGAUUUGAAAAACAGUGGUGGAAAUAUACAUGAAAUCUAUACCAAAGGACAGAAAAAUUUCGAUGAACCCCAAUCGAAAAAUUCUCAACAUGUACAACGAAGACUGCGUUUACGUGGAGAUUGGUCUGAUACUGGACCGCGUUCAGCACCUGAAAAUGAAAAUACUGCACGUAUAGAGUAUGGUCAAUCUAGGCCGUUAGUACAAGGUUCUAUUAUGACACGUAUGACUGAAGUGAUAUCUCGUUUAAUGAAUGAUCGUUUACGCUCUGGCAUAGUUGCCAUUGGUGGCUUUCCACCAGAUCCAACAUAUGAACAAUUUCCAAUACUUCCCGGAAUGACCGAAGGUCCUUCCACUUCUGCUGCUUGGCGCAUGGAUUCUGCUAAUGUAAGAUUUGGUGUACGAAGUGGAUCGCGUAACAGUAAUUUAUCAACACAAAGUACGCAUGACAGCGAAAAUGAUCAAACCAGUACCACGAAUACUGAACAACUAAAUACUGAAACUGAAACAAAGAAUGUCGAUACUAAUUUAGUAUCAAAUAUAGAGUUAAAUUCAAGUCAAGAUUCAAGUCCUCAUAGUGAAAAUAUACACUACGAUUAUUUACUUAUGACAUUUAAGGGUCAUCGUAAUGCUCGCACAAUGAUUAAACAAGCAAACUUUUGGGGUGAUAAUUAUAUAAUGUCCGGAUCUGAUUGUGGCCACAUAUUUAUAUGGGAUCGAUUUACUGGUAAAUUAGUUAAAUUAUUGCAGGCCGAUAACCAUGUAGUGAAUUGUUUACAACCUCAUCCUCAUAUGCCAUAUUUGGCAAGUUCUGGCAUUGAUUAUGACAUUAAACUUUGGGCACCAGUAUUGGAGAACAGCGAUUUUGAUGAAAAAGAAGCUGAAGAAUUAAUGAAACUAAAUGCUGUUAUGCUGGAACAAACGAGAGAUACUAUAACAGUUCCUGCCUCCUUUUUAAUACGUAUGUUGGGAUAUAUACAUAACUUACGCUCUCGUACUGCAACACGUCAUCUCACUACAAGCAGGGGCAUACAAACUAUGAGCGAAAGUGAUAAUGAAGUUGAUACUUCCUCACAAACUGAUGACCAACAACAGUCAAAUGUGAAUGACCAACAGCCAAAUGCUAAUGAUCAAGAGUCAAAUGGCAGUGAUCAACAGUUAAAUGGAAAUGAUCAACAGUUAAAUGGCAAUGAUCAACAGGCAAAUAACAGUGAUCAACAAUCAAAUGGAAAUGACGUAGAGUUAGCAAAUGAAUGAACGAAUUGAAACUAACAAGAAUAAAUUAUAUGUAUUUUUUUCAAUUAAAUUUAGAAAUACUAAUCAUAAAUAAACACAACCCACACAA